ACUCGCUGUCAAGUCUCUCUCGGAAACAAAAGAAGCACUUGAAACAUCCACAUACCCUCAGUUACCCUCAGUCCUCAGCAUUCCUGAUCAGAGCAGAAGGGAUCCUCGUCCUCCCAAUAACAACAUCAGAGAGGACUCCACGAUCGCCUUGCCACCAAGAUGCCAAACCUCAACUCACCGGAUGACAACAGCAACAGGACCUCUCUCCGGGACCCGGUGUCACUGAACGUAGGCGGAGAAAUCUACACCACCACCCUGGACACCCUGACACGCUGCCGCGACUCCAUGCUCGGCGCAAUGUUCAGCGGACAAAUCCCCGCGCUGAGAGAUAACGGAGGGAACGUCUUCAUAGACAGAGACGGCAAAGUCUUCCGGUACAUUCUGAACUAUCUGCGCUCCAGCUCCCUGGACCUGCCGGAUGGCUUUUCAGAGCUGGCCCUGCUGCGGAGGGAGGCAGAUUUCUUCCAGAUACGGCCCCUGCUGGAGGAGAUCUGCCGCUACGAGGCGUCGGUUCCUCUCAGCCUUAGAGGAGGGCCGCUAGGAGCCAUGAUUGUGGUGAAUGUUGAUUCCAAGGUCCGCGUUCUCCACUUUAACUUGCGCCAUGGGCCGGAAAACUAUGAACUCCGCACAUGCUCAGUGCGAGCCUUCACAGUUGACCUCUUUUGUACCUGGAGGGCCUUCCUGGCCCUCCUCUGUGAGCGCUUCUCCUACAGAACGCCCCAGGGUCUCGCAAACCCCCGUCCCUGCAACCCGUCUCAGAACAGGCUGAAACUGGAGUGGGUGCCAAGGCCUGACGAACUCCCACAGGACCAGUACGACAAGCAGUCCUACCGGGGGCUAACCGUCUCCAACCCUGAGCUUGCGCAGUCGGACGACAUCACGAACAUGCACUGGAACCCCAGCGAUAUCAAGGACAUGCAGGAGUUUGUAGAGGAGCUGCUGAAGGUGUCUUUGGCCGAAGGUUUCAAGGUUGAUCUGGUGACUCCCGACCCGGCGGAAAUACUUAACUGCACCUCACUCCGGCUUGUCAAGGGCUGAGCUCUAGUCAAAGCCUUGAAAAAAAAAAAAAUAGAAGUUUCACCCUGUGACAAACUUGGUUGCUGCAAAAAUGCUUAAAAGCCCGGCCCUCUUUCUGGGAUCUUGGACAAAGCUGGUUCCAGAGUAUAGAGAGAGUAUAUCUGGGGAUGGCUUUCACCUGCUGGCGAGCACUUCUGGUGUCAUUGAGGCGGGGGAGGGGGCCAACUUUGCAGGGAGGUUGCCGGGCAACGAUCAUUGUAAU